AUGAUCGAAGCAAAGAAAGUGAGUGAGAGUGGGUGCGGGCGUGGGCGAGUGCGUGGCGGUGGUGGUUGUCGUCGCUGCUGCUGCGCCUGUGGCGGCGCUUGCUCCUCCUCCUUCGCCUUCUCCACGUUCCCACUCUCACUCUCCACCACACUUGUCUACCUUCCCUCUAUCUACCCCGUCUCACCACACUCUCUACCCUACCGCCUGCGUCUUUGCUGCGCCAUCCCUCACUUCUCUUCUUCCACCACCUCCUCCUCAGGUCUCAUGCACUACCCUCAUCUGUCGCCCUCCUCCUGCGCCUACGCCUGCAACACCACCACCACCAAUUCCUCUUCUUCUACCUCACCCUAA